UUGACGUUAAUGAUACUUGUCUAACUGGAUCUCUUCCCAUUUGUCUGGAUACUGGAUCGCUUUUUUGGAAGGAUUUUACGCGUCCUGGUUUGGAUUUGGAUCGUUCUGCGGGAGGACACCUUAGUUUCUACGGAUACGCACAUUGAAUUCUAAAGGAUGGCCGUUUGCUUCUCGUCCAUCCUCGCAAUAGUUUUGUCGUUUUUUUCUCAGGUUCUGGGCUCAGGUGUGUUCGAGAUAGAUCUGCAUCACUUUCACAAUUCUAGAGGUUUGCUGGCCAGCGGGCAGAGGUGCGGCAUGACGGGCUGCAGGACCUAUUUCAGGGUUUGUUUGAAGAACUUCCAGACGGUGGUGUCGCCGGGCAAGUGCUUGUUCGGAACCGCCGCCACACCUGUUCUGGGCAGCGACUCUUUCAGCAUCCAGGAAGACGCGCGCCUGCGUCUGCCGCUCAACUUCACCUGGCCGGGGGCCUUCUCUCUGGUCAUUGAGGCCUGGCAUUCUCCUGCAGCUGGAGAUACCAACGACCCGGAGUUAUUGAUAAGCUCUUUUGCCAUACAAAGGAAGUUGGCAAUUGGCAGCGAGUGGAUCCACGAGGCGCAACGGGAGGCGCAGACGGAGCUGAGGUACUCAUACCGGUUCAUCUGCAAGGAGAACUACUACGGCGACACUUGCUCCAAAAUCUGCGUGAACAGAGACGACCGCUUCGGCCACUACACCUGCAAACCCGACGGCCAGAUCUCCUGUCGGGCUGGAUGGAAGGGAGACUACUGCCAAGAACCGAUCUGCCUCGAAGGCUGCAACCAAAACAACGGUAACUGCACAUCACCAGGAGAGUGCAGAUGCAGAAAAGGUUGGCAGGGAGUCUUUUGUGACGUCUGCAAAGUGCACCCUUCCUGCAAACAUGGUACCUGUUCCGAACCGUGGCAGUGCAACUGCUCAAAAGGCUGGGGAGGGAUAUUCUGCGACCAAGAUCUGAACUACUGCACCCACCACCGACCCUGCGCCAACGGUGCCACCUGCAUGAACACAGGCCAGGGCAGCUACACCUGCGCCUGCCAGCCGGGUUUCACCGGGGUCAACUGCGACCUGGAGGUCAGGCGGUGUGACAGCCAGCCCUGUCACAACGGCGGCCGCUGCCUGGAAACAGAAACCGGCUACAGGUGUGAGUGCCCGCAAGGCUUCGAGGGGACACACUGCGAAGGCAUGUCCCUGGUGUGCUCAGCUUCUACUUGCUUCCACGGGGGAAGGUGUAAAGAGAGAGAGGACGGACACAGCUACAUCUGUGAGUGUCCGCCGGGCUACACUGGACUCAACUGCGAGAAGAAAUUGGACAAAUGUACCUCACUGAAAUGCACCAAUGGUGGACAUUGUGUGAUUCAGGGCAACCAGCACCUGUGCAGCUGCCGCUCUGGCUUCUCCGGGCUCCGCUGUGAGAUCAACAUCAACGAGUGUGCGCAGAACCCCUGUGCGAAUGGAUCCACUUGCAUCGAUGGCAUCAAUGAGUACACCUGCGCCUGCGCCCCGGGGUUCAGAGGUCACCACUGUGACCAGCCGACAGACCGCUGUGCCUCCUGGACCUGCCUCAACGGAGGGACCUGCAUGGUGGGAGCCAGAGGCCGACCCUGGUGUUCCUGCACCGCCCAGUUCAACGGGUCCCAUUGCCAGUCUUCCGUCACCACCCUGAGCCCAAACACGAGUUGGAACUCCAGCGAGAGCUUCACUGCCGUCAGCUUCGGCGUGGGCUUCAUGGCUGUCCUUCUCCUGGUCUGCAUCGUCGCCAUGGUCUUAUGGCGGGUCAGAAAUGGCAGAAGCGCUGAGCCGGACUCGGAAAACAUGAACAACCAGUCCAAGGCCGACUUCCAGAAGGAGAACCUCAUUUCUACUCUUGAACUAAAGAACACCAAUAAGAAGGUGGAGCUAGAAACAGACAGUGUCAAAGAAAAGUCCAAUCAGAAACAUAUCAAUCAGUUCCAGCACACGGACUUCAAAAGCUCGCCGGGGUACAAGGAGAAACGCCACCUCCUGGACAAAGAGGAAAACUGUGAAAAGAUAGAGCAUAAAAACCAUUUGAGUGAUUUGUACAGAGACAGACAGUGUCAGAUAUCCACGAUAUGUCCUCCUCGAGACUCAAUCUACCAGUCCGUGUUUGUAGUAGCCGAGGAGAAGAACGAAUGCAUCAUCGCAACGGAGGUGUAACUCAUGGAAGACGUUCACUGGACUUGUUUGUGGACUGUUUACAGGCCAGGAGAGACUGGGGUUGGUUUGAAGUUGCUGCUCUCGACUGUACGUUUUCAUGAUCUCUGGCCCGAGCCGCAGAAGUGAAGCUAGCAAUAGUUGGUAGAAUGCAAAGACCGCAAUCACUAGGAAAUGAAGAGAGAAAACAGACUCAAUGAUGCGGCGCUGAUGAUUUAGACUUGAGUGGACGGCGCGACCGUUGGAGCCCACUCCACAAUCAGCAACAUUCAGCGUCUGAAGUAGCCUUUCGCAAUUACGGGUGGCGGCAUUUCCCUGGCCACGGUGAGCUGUUUUGGCUGGGAGGAUGAAAGGUGGGACCUCAGAAGAAAGACAUGGACGUUCCUGGACCAGGUGGAAGCAAGGCAUCAACAGAGAGGCGUUUUUUGUUGUCUUGUCUCUCUUAAAGGCCUUGGAAAGGGGAGGCGUGAGACCCAAGGAGACACAAACCUCCCAGUUGUGGCCGUCUUGGUGGAGUCACCAUUCAGUCUGGUUCCUUGAAACGGUGCCGUCUACCAUCAUGUCAUACCAGGGUUGAGUGAGACCAGUGAAAAGAGUCCGAGCCCAGAGCGUACAAGCCAUUAAACGUAAAGACCUAUUUCAUCAUCAUCAAAACUCAAUGGCUGGCACUUGGAAAUACUCCGCACUGAAAAAUCUUCAUGGAAACACCUGAAAAAAUAUAAAAACUAUUGAAAUAUCAUUGGAACGUGCUGCCGAGGCGUGUCCCAGUCCAGGUCGAGCGCUGCUCUUGUGGUGAGCAACCAGAACGUGUCAAGAGAAUUAAUGAACUGUGUAAUCUGCCCUGCAAAAACAGAACAUGACACUGGUGAACUCUGCUAUUCAACCUUCUUUAACAAUCGUUUGUAUUUUGCAAAAAAAGUGUGAUGGCAAACAGGGUUUUAAUGGGAAGCAUUACAUUCAUGACUCCAAAAACAAGGCCUUCAUAAGCAUUAAAAUGUCUAAAAUCCAAAUUUCAGUAGUCUUAAAAGUGCAAACAUUGAAUUUAUUAUUCAUGUGAGCAAGUUUUUUAUGUGUUUAUGUUUCGAAUUCCAAAAUAUGGCAACAUUGAUGUACUACGUCUUGAGGCAGCAUCGCAUGAUCACAACAGCGGAACACACCAAACAGUGAUAUGUUAGUGCCCGAGACUCUCAGAGCAGAUGCUCGUGCUGGUUCUUCUGAUAAGGACGUUUGUUUUGGACCACAUGGGGAGGGGGAAAGAGUUGACCUUGAGUUGGUCUUCAAUUCAGCUUUAAAUGGCAGUGAAAAGUCUUGUAGCGGUGGGAGCCCUGGAAAACCAGCACUGACGCAAGGGGACAAACGCCAAGUCGCUGGCUCAACAAAUGUCGGUUAAACUGUCUAAAACUGAGAAAACAAGAAGCUCAUUUUAGUCUUUUAUAGUACAGACCCGCAUCGGCAUCUCCAUCUCUCAGCUGAGAUCCACUUUGGGAGUUUCCUGAGCCAUUUCAAGCUCUUGCUGUCCACACAAACCUGAGUUUGACACGUUUGUAACGGUUUGCUGAGUCCACUUUCUUGAAGAUUUUUCCAAUCUCCACUCAGUCGUUCCACUUCAUCCACGUGUCUCACAAUAGGAUCUGGUCAUCCACACUAUCCACACUUGGACCAGGAACCCUGUGGCUCGACAAUCGGUUGCAUCUUCCCCCGCAGCACCGUCCGGUGGAGCUGCGCCCAGAUUAUUUAAAGGAGAUUAACUGUGUGAAUCAGAAUGUAUCACGGAGCCUUAUGUCCGAACCCCGUGGAACAAUCGAAAAUGCGGCCUUGUUUCGAUCGUAUGCAAAAUGAAGAAAGAGAAACGUGACUAUCACACCGAGGACGCCUUUGACGGAAGUGACUGAACCUGUUAGGAUUUCUUUGUAGAUUCAUGAGUAAUUUAAGUAAGAUGUGGCACUGAACUUUUUAUGUUUUAUAUUAUAUUAUUUUGUACAUACUGUAUAUUUAUAAGAUCAAAUUUGCCAUUAAGUUGACGCCCCCCCUCCACUCUCUGACGCAAAAAGAAAUUAUUUUUUUGUUGUUUUUUUUUUGUUAUUAAAACCUGAAUACAUUUCUGGUACAUUUGUCUGUGGUUGAGUCUCAGCUUUGUAGCGUUCAGCGGAGCUUAAAAAGUCAGUUCGACAGCAUCAAACAGGCAUAUUUAAGCACAGAUUUGUACGUGGGAAUGGUGUGUAAAUAGCAGUAGAGCUGAUAUUAAUUUAUUUGUUGUUGCCUUGGAAGAUGCUCUUUCCUGCAGGAAAUAUUUGAAUUGCCAAGUAAAGUUUCAUCAUUUAAUGGUUA